AGGUGCGUGCCUGGCAGCAUGCGAGCCCGGCAGAGCUCGACGAGGCGCUGGAAAAGCGUGCGCAAGCGCUGCUAAUCGCCUUUGUGCUACCGGUCCAGUAAUUCUUUCUCGCAUCCUGGCCUCACCACGAGACGUGUGAGCUGACCCAAGGUAGAAAAGAUAGCCAAGCCCUCGAAGCGGAUUGGGCUGUGGUCGGAGCCGCUGCAGACGACACCGAGGUGAUGAGCGUUGACUGCGCUGCCCAUGUAUCCGCCUGCAUCCAGCUGGAUGUAGUGGCCUACCCGGCCGUCCGCCUGUACCACGGCGAUGGCCGGAUGGACCGGUACAGAGGACCACGGAAAUCUGCACCGAUCCUCGCAUUCCUCCGCCGCGCCUCGCGCCCCGUAAUCGCCGAACUCAACCCCGCGACCCUGGCCGAGUUCACGUCCUCAGACGACAUCGUCUUCACGGCCGUGUUUGCGCCCUCUGAAGCCGGGCUGUACGAAGCGCACUACCGCAGCCUAGCCAGCGAGUACCACGACCAGUUCUCGUUCGGUCUGCUCCUGCCCGUAUCACAGCAACAGCAGCCGUCAGCAGUCCGCUGCCGCAACAACGUCGACAGCGAGAGCUACACCCUGACCGAGCUGUGGGUAGCGGGCGCGCUCGACGAGCUGGUCACGCAGUGCACAGCCCCACUGAUCCUCGAGCCCGGCAGCCGCAAAGAGGUUGCCGAGCUGGCGGCGGCGGCGGCGCGUGCAGCUAAGGGCAUCGUCGUGCACUUCUUCGCGGCCUCCGACGCGGACAGGGAUGCGUACAGGACGCAGGUGCGCGCGCUCGCGAAGAAGUAUGCUGACGAGUUGUUGUUUACUAUUAUCGAUACUGCGCAAAACCCGGCCAUGCCGGCCUUGGCGGGUUUGUCGGGUGGGGUGCUGCCGGGCGUGUCCGUGGAAAACCUUGGGACAGGCCAGCUGUUUCCGUAUCCGAGGGGAAGAGAGCUGUCGGCUGCGGCGCUAGAGAAGUUCUUGGGUGAGGUGGUGGGCGGCGCUGUUGAGCCGUGGGACGGGUCGCGGCCUGGGGAGGUGGUGCACGACGAGUUGUAAUGAGUUGACACGGACUGACCUGGUUGAUCCUAGUCACGACACAAGGUAGGCAUAUUCACUCGGG